GCGAUCAUUCACAGAUUUUUCUGUAAUGUCAUAGGUUUAUUUCUGAGACGUUUAUUUUACAAUUUUUGGUCAUUGUUUUUAACAGAAGACAGAUUUUUGGCAUUUUUAUAAAAAAUUCCAAUAUUACAGCGGAUUUUUGUAUGACAGAUGGUAAUACGAUUAUUUUUGGCUGAAAAAGAUUUCAAUGUUACAUCUCUGGCAGUGGAACACAAGGAAUUGAGACCAACAGCGAAAUGUCUCUUAAACCGAGACGAAUCGAUUUCGAAAAAAUAUGGAACGAUUUAAAAACCACAAUAAUGGAAGUAAUAACUUUGGGAAGUGUGCAAAGAGAUGUCUGGAGCAGCCGGUUUGUGGAUAUCUAUUCAAUAUGUGUUGCGCAUCCAGAGCCUUUAGCGGAUAAACUUUAUACAGAAACAAAAGCUUUUCUCGAGAAUCACGUAAAAGACUUAUUGAAAACUAGGGUUUUAUCUUCAGGAUCUAACGAUAAUAGCGACCAACCAUACGCACUACUCCAUCGUUAUUUUACCACCUGGACAGAAUACAGUAAAGGAGUUGAAUACUUGAAUCAUCUGUUUUUGUACCUUAACCAACAACAUAUAAAGAAACAAAAGCUAUCGGAAGUGGAAGUUGUGUAUGGCUGCAUCAACCAUGAUGCUCAAGAACAGCUUGAAAUUGGGGAACUCGGGCUUGAUAUAUGGCGACAGCAAAUGAUUGAAAAUCUGGGUGAAUUGUUGGUAUAUCAACUAUUAGAUGGAAUCAAGAAUGAUCGUGUGAAUAGCUCGCAGCAUUCAGAUAUGAUUUCUGUAAUAAAAGGAACUAUACAGAGCUUUGUGUGUGUCGAGGAAUACAAGAAGAAGGGAUCACUGCAGCUGUACCAACAUAUGUUUGAGGCUCCGAUGCUAAAGGAUAGCGGAGAAUUCUACAAACUGGAGGCCAGCAAACUAUUAGAGGUGUGCACGGUUAGCAACUACAUGGAAGAAGUUAUAAAAAAACUCGACGAAGAAAACAAACGUGCGCUCAAAUAUCUGCAUAACAGUUCUCUGACUAAGUUGCGGAAAGAGUGUGAACAGCGUAUGAUAACGGAUCAUCUGGAGUAUUUGUAUUCGGAAUGCAAUGAGAUGGUUAGUCUUGAAAAACGGAAAGAUCUGAAAAACCUUUAUACGAUUCUGAAGCCAAUCCCGAAUGCUCUAAAAUCAUUGGUUCAAUCAUUUCUAGAGCAUAUAAGUAGUGAUGGUAUACGAAUGAUUUCAACUUUGAAAGGAGAAAUGAUUCAUGUGCAGUUCGUGGAGGGAAUGCUGCAGGUUCAUGAAAAAUAUGAGGAAAUAAUUGCCGAUACGUUUAAUUCGGAUCCUGUGUUCCUUAGUGCCCUCGAUAAGGCCUGUUCGGGGGUUAUAAAUUCGCAUGCUUACGAAAAGCAGCCCGGAAAAAGUGCUGAAUUGAUCGCAAAGUAUUGCGAUAGUUUGCUGAAGAAGUCGAGGACGACGGAAAGCGAAAUUGAAACAAAACUAGCAAAAAGUAUAACAAUAUUUAAGUAUAUCGAGGACAAAGACGUUUAUCAAAAGUUCUACAGCCGUAUGCUGGCAAAAAGAUUAAUUCAUGAACAGUCUCAAAGCAUGGAUGCCGAAGAAAUGAUGAUUAAUAAACUCAAGCAGGCAUGUGGAUAUGAGUUCACUAAUAAAUUACAUAGAAUGUUUACGGACAUUUCGGUGUCUGGCGAUUUGAACGUCAAAUUCAAUCAUUUCCUUAAGCAGGAAAACAAAGAUACGGGAAUAAAUUUGUCUAUUAAAAUACUGCAAGCUGGUGCAUGGCCGCUAGGCGCUAUGCAAGUUGCAGUUGGCUUCGCUAUACCUCAAGAGUUUGAAAGGCCGAUCAGAUUAUUCGAGAGAUUUUACCACAUCAAUUUCAGUGGUCGGAAAUUAACUUGGCUGCAUCACCUAUGUCAUGGGGAGUUAAAAAUAUCGUUCGUCAACCGAAAUUAUAUCGUUACAAUGCAAACGUACCAAAUGGCAAUACUCCUGUUGUUCGAAACUACCGAUAGUCUAAGCUUCAAAGAGAUAGAGGACUCGAUGCAGCUCAACCACGAUAUGUUUAAACGACAUUUGAUAAGUAUUAUCGAAUCGAAAAUACUACUAGCUGAUUCUGAGGUGUUGGGUGCUCAGUCGCAAAUAACGCUAAACAAAAACUAUGUAAAUAGAAGAACAAAAUUCAAGAUUACUACUGCCCUACAGAAAGAGACUCCACAAGAAAUUGAAAACACUCUAAAUUCAGUAGACGAAGAUCGCAAAAUGUAUCUGCAGGCAACUAUAGUUCGGAUUAUGAAAUCUAGGAAAGUGCUCAAACACAACGCUCUUAUACAGGAGAUCUUGACUCAAUCGAAGGCUGGUUUUGCGCCAAACAUCGGAAUGAUUAAAAAAUGCAUUGAGUCGUUGAUUGAUAAACAGUACAUCGAAAGAACGCCCAAUUCUGGUGAUGAGUAUAGCUAUGUUGCAUAAGUUUGCACAUCAGAACGGUAUCUUUGUAAUGUAUAGAAAUUAUAAAAUGUUUUGAUUAUGAGUUAAUGAAAGCGUGGCAACCAAUUCGAAAUAUAAAACCAAAAAAAAAUCAAAGAUAAUCAUUUUGUAUUUGGACACAGGCUGAAUAUUUUACUUUUGAGACAUUUUUGUAACAUAAUAUGUAUCAACAAAAAGAAACUCCGGUAAAUAUAAGCUAUAACCAGUUGCCAGGGCAAACAAUUGAAUGUUAAAAAUAUCUAUACGCCUGCCUGUAUUGCAGAGAUAAACGAAUACCGUGAUCAUGGGUCGAUCUAGUCAAAAAGUAGCCUUCGAAAUAAAUUCAAUUACAUAAAUAAUUCAUAUUUAAACAUUUA